UAGGUAUCAUUUGAGAGAAGAAGAGAAGAGAGUAAGAGAGAUUGCGGUGGUUGAAGAAGAGAGAAGAGGCGGUGGAAAUAUGAAAGUGACAUGGAAGAACACCAAGAAGAAGAAACCUUCUUUGCCUCCGUUAUCACACUUUGAGCUCGACAACGACCCUAACAAUGAUGACACUCCUGAUGGAAGAACAGUGCGUUCUCCCAAUUCUGAUCAAUCAACACAAUUAGCUAUGCAAUUUCAAGCUCAAGGAGACAAUCUUGCUAUGGAGGGGAAGUAUAGGGAAGCACUUGGUAAAUGGGAAACUGCUAUUACAUUGGCUCCUGAUGUUCCAGUUUUGCAUGAACAAAAGGCCCAAGUUUUACUAGAAAUUGGAGAAGCUUGGAAUGCUUUAAAGGCUGCAAUUCGAGCUACGGGAUUGAAACCAUCGUGGGCUGAGGCUUGGGUCACACUUGGCAGAGCACAGCUGAAUUACGGCGAGCCAGAUAAUGCCAUUGAAAGCUUUGACAGAGCUUUAGCUCUCAAGCCUGAUUAUGAAGAAGCACAAGAUGAUAGAAAAACUGCGUUACGUCUUGUAAAGAAAAGAAAGCAACUUCACUCAUCAGGUUUGAGUGACAUUCAAAAUCGUUAUACUGUAGGUGAUAAGAAUGAAAGCACAUGAAGGGAGAAAGUUAUCAAUGUAUUUCUGUGCAGUAGCAAAAUUUGUAUACUGUCAGCAACUUCAUGGUCAAAAAGCUCAUAAUUUGUUGGGAGUAUGUAUAUGUGACAUGAUAGUUAUGUUAAUGUGAUAGUAAAAAUAUUGUACUCUUAUGUUCUUUUGACAAUGAUAGAUAGAUAGAUUAAGAAUUAAUUACUACCUAUGGUCUAUGGUCCAAUUAUAAGAGAAGAAACAUCACAUUUUCUUUUCCAUUUUAGUUAAAUAAAUGUGGUUUUCAGAUA